UUAAGGUCUGUCCAAAGGACACGAGUUCCCAGUGGGCCUAACUAGAGAUGGGAGAAUGUUACAGCAUUAACUCUGUAGUCCCAAAUUCUGAAAACACAGAGAGCUACAGCAUGCAGUCUGCAAAUUCAGAGUCAGAUGUACAACCCAACAAUGAAGCACUGUUUUCAGCCUCUGAAAGAACAAAAUCAAAACUUCUUGAGCAAGUUUACUGGAUGGAGGACAAACUAGAAGCUGUGGACGUUAAGGAAGCCAGUAGGGAAUUAUAUGAAAAAAUAAUUCUAAUAAAAGACCAGUGCAUUGAGAAGCUGCAAGCUGAAAUAAAAGCUUCCCAGAAACAACUUAAAGUCCAUGAACUAAAGCACAAAAAGAGACUGAAAAAGCUACAAAUUGAUUUGGCAGCAACAAAGCAAGAGGCUGCCAUCAUGGCGCUGGAACUCAAUGAAAAGAUAAAGACGCUCUGUGAAAAAGAGUCAGCCCCCAGAGGAAUCAUCGUCCCAUCAUUUGCAAAAGAAUCUUCUACAGCACGAUUGCUGAAUCCUUAG